AUGAAACAGCCGUUCCAGCUGCGCCUACCAUCUUCUCCCUCGUUUGAAAACAACCCAACUUCGAUUCGAGACUCUCGAAGACUCUCGAGGGAACCGGCCAGCAACAACCACGGUUUGCGCACAUGGCGAUCCGACCAAAACCUCACGACUACGAGCAUGGAGACCUUUGGUCUUCUUCCCAGCCCACCUCUGUCCGACUCGAGAUCCUCGCAGCAUUCUCCUUCUUCAGCUUAUUUCUCUCCAAGAUCGGAGUAUGAUUCUGAUGCUGAUCAAACAACACCGAAGAGCUCUUCUACUUAUAAGCCGGAACCCAAACCGUCAUUCGCUUCCCGUGCGCUCCGAUUGAGAAAAACCACCGAAAACCUUAGGAGCACGAAUGAGCCCACAAAUGUGCAUAUGGCACAUUCCAAUCUAGUUCGACAAUGGGAUUCCGAUGAUGGAAAGCUCACGCCUGUGUCUACAGAUUCGGAGAGGACGGCAUCUCCAUCCCCAUCCCCGUCUCGGUCCCCCUCUCUGUCGCUCUCACCCACGCCAUACACAGAUACAGAGUCCCCAGACACCCGAGAUUUCUCUACUUCCUCCCCAAACACGCAGCGAAGUCGAUCCCGAACGGUCUCUAGCGAAAGAAGUUGGGUCCCGAGUAGCCUCUCGUACUACGAGCCAUGGCUACAAGGGGCGCCAUCGGAAACAGCAGAUUCUGGAGGGGAGAAGCCAAAGGAAUUCAAUCGGAGGAAGUGUCAGAUACUUCCGCCGGCUGAUAAGCCUGUGGUGUUUGCUGUCGCCAGUAAGACGAAACCGAAACUGGUGGAUAUAUCACGGCAGUCGUCCCCUGCAAUGAGUUAUUCGAUGCCAACGCCACCGCAGCGUACAGUUCCUUCCACGCCAGAUCACCGUCAACAUGAAAUAUCGGCUUUCAGUCCAGACACGCCAUUGGAAAUGUCUGAUAGCGGCUAUAUUACGCACCACUGCCCCUCUCCUCAGGAAAACCGAAAGCCCAAGGAGGAAGAUGAAUUCACUGACACCAGCUCUCUCAGUGGAGAGAGUGUCGGUGAAACCGUCGUCUGCGACAAAAUGGCUACAAGCCAAGAACUUCCGAAGCUACCGCCGAGAUCGCCUCAGAGGUCACCCCAGCAGUCGCUUCCCAAACCAGAUCUCAAACCAAUCACACAGUCGUUACCAAAACCACAAGCAUCCCCCGGGCGGUCUUCCAACAUGUCCGAGAAAGAGGAACUAGAGAAAUGGUGGGACCAUGAGUGGACGAUCGACCAGCUGGAGCAUUCGGCCAAGGACUUCCCUCGAAACAUGCUCAAGUUGACCUCACCAGUCAUCAUGUUCCUCCGCCACAAUAAUGAAAAGGCACUUAUACGACCUUUUCGAAAAAUAUUUCCCGAAGUUGCCGAGAAUUUACUCGACAACCUUUGUGCAGUGCUGAUUGCACGAAACUAUUUGAUAUCCCUUGCGUCGGUCAAUCGGAGAAACAGCAAUUUCUCCCAUAAACCAAGCUUGUCUCGUCUCGAUACGGUUCCUGAAAAAGCAAGCUCCGGGCUAGGAAUGCAAUACUCACAACCAACGCCAGCGCGGGUCAAGAAUAGGGUCCUAGGCACAAGGAGCGCAGAGCUCUGCAAGGACCUCGAUCGGAUUGUUGACAACCUGAUCUUUGCCAUCUGCGGCAAGCAAGAUGAGCAUUUGAAGUCGGCCGUACUCGUGCUGGCUCAGGUUCUGGAGACCAAGUCCUAG